AUCACCCAGGAUUAGGUUGAGUGGAAGGAAAGCUGCACCACAUUGCAUUUCACGCUGAGGUAUGUAGAGCCUCUCCAGAGCUAACUGGACAUGAGGUGUGUAUAAAUGCCUGGAUGACUCAGAGCCUCAGUCCAUCUGUAACACCAGCUACAACUCUCAUGUAGGACUACUGCGAACUAGAGGUAAUUGUAGCUGUUAAAUGAGGAGGCUCACUAUAUCAUCUCUUCUUCCUCAUUGGGACAGUUUAGAGGAAGAGGAAGAAGAAAAAGGAAAUAGUCACCUUAAUGCAGAGCGCAUUGGCUCUGAUGUCAACAUCCUCAGUAUUCCAGUGCCCAUUCGUCGUGGUGGUUCUGAGUCCAACCUAGACGUGGUGAACAGCGUUGGAAAUGAUGGAGUGGGCCUGGAUUUCACCAAGGGAGCGCUGGGUAUUGACAGCCUGCAGCAGAAGAUCCUCAAGGUGACAGAGCAGAUUAAAGUGGAGCAGACGGCUCGAGAUGAAAAUGUUGCAGAGUACCUGAAAUUGAUGAACAACGCAGAGAAGCAGCAGGUAGCGCGCAUUCGUCAGAUCUUUGAAAAGAAGAACCAGAAGUCGGCGCACACCAUCGCCCGGCUUCAGAGGAAAUUGGAACAGUACCACCGUCGCAUGAAAGACAGUGACAGCAAUGGCAAGCACACCCACAAGGAUGGUAACCACAAAGAGUCUGGGACUCACAGCAAGGAGGGCAGCCUGCGGGACGUAAGCACUAGUGGACGGCACCAGACACUAGACAAAGUGAAGACCAUCGGACCAGGAGUGACACUUUCACCACCAUUCUUCUUUAACAAGCCACGGGAGUUCGCCAACCUCAUCAGGAAUAAGUUUGGUAGCGCCGACAAUAUUGCCCACCUAAAGAGCUCCAUGGAGUCAGGGUCAGGGCUGCAGGUGGACGGUGGGGCUCGAGGUCUGAGUGGUAGCGCCACCACAGUAGCCAAGCCAACUAAGUACCAGAGUGAUGAUGAGUGCUCUAUUGGUUCAACUGGGUCCGCGGAUUCUAAUGGUAAUCCAGCUGGUGGCUCUGGGACUGGGUCUGGAGGUCCCGGGAGGUCUGAAUCCAACGGACGUCUGGUUGAGGUGCUGGAGAUGGUCCGAGAGAUCAGGGAGGCCCAGGCACAGCUGGCCGAGGACAUCGAGAGUCUGAAUGCACAGUUCAAACAAGACCACAGCUGCUUGUCACAGGUGCUUCAGGAGGAGAGAUACAGGUAUAGGCAGUUGGAGGAAGAGUUAAAUGACCUCACAGAGCUCCAUCAGCACGAGACCAGUAAUCUGAAGCAGGAACUGGCCAGUAUUGAGGAGAAAGUGGCCUACCAGGCCUAUGAGCGGGCCAGGGAUAUACAGGAAGCCCUGGAGUCGUGCCAGACUCGAGUGUCCAAGCUGGAGCUUCAGCAGCAGCAGCAGCAACAGACUGUGCAGCUGGAAAACACAGACGCUAAGGUGCUGCUGGGAAAAUGCAUAAACAUUAUGCUUGCUAUAGUCACUGUCAUUCUGGUGUGUGUCUCCACGGCAGCCAAGUUCACUGCACCACUGCUGCGUAGCCGCCUCCACCUGGCACUCACCUGUGUGGGAGUGUCUGUGUUAGCACUGCUGUGGAAAAACUGGGAAUUUUUACAGAGUGCUUUGGAACGAUUGCUCCCCCCGCCCUGAGCUAUGAGCACAAAAGAGUGUGAAUAAACUUUGAACAUCAGUUUGAUCAGGUCUCCAGGAGGUGUGUUUUCAUGUAGACGUAGAAGAGAGGAGGGGUUUACAUGUAGCCUUACACUGACCCUCACCUCCAUGGUGACUUGAUUUACGGCUCUGUGCUUUGCAUGUCACACUGCUACCAGGCGGUGAUGGGCGUCUGUGACCAGACAGCCUCUCCCAGACAAACAACGCACAGAUGUAAGCUGUAAGAUGUAAGCUGAUAUACGUUAUCACCACUGAAAGAACUGUGACUAAGCUGUGCAAAAUGCUGAAGAAGUGGACAUAAAUAUGAGGAUUGUACAGUGGUGUUAUAUGUGUCACUACAUUAGUUCCACUGGACCGACAAAAGAGCAACAGAUACACACAUAGCAGUUGUAUUAUUGGCUUUUGGACUGUGGUCACACCAGUAAUAGACACUGAUCUAAUCUGAACAUAGAGGAAGGCUUGAUUAUUACCUGUCCUUAAAAGGUUUGUGACCUCACCUCUGAACAAACACUUUGGCAGUAUGUGGCCUGUCGGUCAUCUGCACACACAUCCUCAUACACCAGCCAGCUGUAACAAACACUCAUCCAUCUGAAGGAAGAUUGAUUUGUCCUGUGUGUCUGUCCUUUACUGUACUCUAUUUAUGUGAAGUUUUUGUCAUUGUCCCCUCUAAAGAUAAAUUCCUGAGGCCUGAUAUACUGUGGGUGUGUUUGCGUGUGUCUUCAGUGUCUGAAGUCUGUGCUUUUAGAUUUUGUACACCUGUCUGUUUAUUCUGUGUUUUUAAGGAAUAGUUUGGCAAUUUGGGAAGUAUGGUUCUUGGAAAGUGUAAGAUGAGAAAAUAAUGUUCUGUUAGCUCAGCUCACUUUCAUAAGGUAUCCAGGUUGUGAAACAUUACAAGCAACUUUUAUCAAACUCACUAUACACAGUAGAGUGCUAUCAAAAGAUAAAAAGUUUCAUUGUUCAUCCAAACGCCAUCAUUAUCACACUUCCCAUCUCACAUUAAUGAACAUUAAUGUUGAUCUUUUUAUACAGAUGCUUUAAAUGAAACUAGAGUUAGCGUAGUUAAGCACAAAUGAUAGAAACAGAACUCUAUCUUGGGUCUGUCCAAAGAUAUAAAAUUCACCUUCUGGCACCUUUAUGGCCAAUAUUAUAUAUUUAUACAAAAAAACAAAAGGCUAAAACCAGUAAUUUGUGGUUUUUACUGAGGAUUAUGACUUUUCUUGACACUGUGUGAGUGGCCUGCCAGUCUCAUAGUGACAGGAAUUCUGCAGGAGUUUGAGGUUGCCGAGCAUGAAAUAUCCAACACAUAAGUCUGUGUUUAUUCAAUUAAAUGUAACAUGAACAUUACAACUGCAUAGUUUUUUAGCAUCAUUGUGUGAACGUUCCAUAAUUACCAUAUAGCAUAUUGUAAUUCAAGUGGUCUGAGAGCAAAUUCAAUUGCUACCUCAUUUUGAAGACUUUAAGUAAGCUGUAGAGGUUCUUGUUUAUGUUUUGUACCUUUGGGCAGAGCAAAGCAAGCUGUUUUCCCUCCUCCCAGAUUUUCAUCCAACUCAAGCCAGUUGUCAGCAAUUCAUCUAACUUUUGGCAUCAGCACUAAUGAGCAUAUCUCCCAAAAUGUGACACUGCUCCUUUAUUGUAAAGCUUACAAACUGCCUCUUGCUGUGUUAAAUUGAGUCUUGUCAUGUUAAAUGGUUUCUCUAAAUU